AGCACUAGGGACGGGCGCGCGCGCGGGUCCCCAGCACAUCUGGGCGAGAGCCGCGCCGGUGGAACCAAGGGGGACGCCAAGCGCAGAUCUGGAGCGGCAGAGCCACCUUGCAGCUGGGGCCCCUCGAGGCGCUUGGGGCGCACAUCUGGGACCUCGAGAGGGGGCAGCGGGGCGCACAGCUGGACCAGGGAAAGGGGGCGGCGGCUGCACAGCUGGACCGAAGGGGGCGGGGUCGGUCCGAGGCGACUGGCAGAAGCGAGGGCCGCGAGUCACCAGCGACCAGAGCAUGGGACGCCUCUCCUGAAAAGAGCAGGGGUGAGGCAGGGGCCUGGGACCCCAAGAGGAAAAGAGAGAAAGGGGCAAGAGAGCAAAGGAGGAGGAUGCAACUGACCCGCUGCUGCUUCGUGUUCCUAGUGCAGGGCAGCCUCUAUCUGGUCAUCUGUGGCCAGGACGAUGGGCCCCCUGGCUCAGAGGACCCUGAGCGUGAUGACCACGAGAGCCAGCCGCAGCCCCGGAUGCCUCGGAAGCGGGGCCACAUCUCACCUAAGUCCCGUCCCCUGGCCAAUUCUAGUCUCCUAGGGCUGCUGGCCCCACCUGGAGAGGCCUGGGGCUUCCUCGGGCAGCCCCCCAACCGCCCGAACCACAGCCCCUCACCUUCAGCCAAGGUGAAGAAAAUCUUUGGCUGGGGCGACUUCUACUCCAACAUCAAGACGGUCACGCUGAACCUGCUCGUCACGGGGAAGAUCGUGGACCACGGGAACGGGACCUUCAGCGUCCACUUCCGACACAACGCCACCGGCCAGGGCAACAUCUCCAUCAGCCUCGUGCCCCCCAGCAAAGCCGUCGAGUUCCACCAGGAGCAGCAGAUCUUCAUCGAAGCCAAGGCCUCCAAAAUCUUCAACUGCCGAAUGGAGUGGGAGAAGGUGGAACGGGGUCGCCGGACCUCCCUCUGCACCCACGACCCGGCCAAGACCUGCUCCCGAGACCACGCGCAGAGCUCAGCCACCUGGAGCUGCUCCCAGCCCUUCAAAGUCGUCUGCGUCUACAUUGCCUUCUAUAGUGCGGACUACAGGCUGGUCCAGAAGGUGUGCCCGGAUUACAACUCCCACAGCGACACUCCUUACUACCCCUCUGGCUGACCCCGGGCAGGCUGCAGAGGCCAGGCUGGGGCUGGAAGGACAGGCCUGCCCGCACAGGAGGCCAUCUGUCUGGACACUGGGCAGGGAAGGGGAGGGGUCUCAGGCCGGGAGUGGGAUGGAGAGAAGGAGAGGCCAAGUCUCACGUGGUGGGGAAGGGGUCUCAGGUGCGGGGCCCCAUCCCGAGGUCGCGGAGCGAGGAGGGCACAGGCGCACUGGCGGGGAGUGGGUUCUCCUCGUCGCCUCACAGGGUGUCCCCACUGAGCGGGAGGCAGAUGCUGUGUCCAGGGAGGCCCCGGGGCCGGCAGACCAGCACGGCCUCAAUAAAGCCCUGGAGAGGAAUCUGAAACCCCGGCUCCCUCCCUGCCAUCCUGAGACCACACAGCAACGAGGAGAGGGCUAUUUCCUCGGUGCUGACACCAAGUGGGAAGGGAAGGAUGGCCGCAAAGGGGCCUCCUGGGAGCCGGCGCUGGGGGCCGGCGGAGGAGGAGCUGUCCAGGCCCGCUCGGCGGGCAGCCUGGAGCCCCUUGUCCUGGACCGUGGACUGAGCUCAGCUUGAGGCUGAAGUGGUGACUUUGGAGUCUUCGAUGUUGUGACAAAUAGAUCGUCGGCCAUCUGCCCCCAGCCAGGCCACCCCUUUCCAAAGUUUCCUCUCUUGCCAUUGUGCUCCCACCCCUCCCCGUGCUGAUGGGACACUGGUCCUCCAGCUGAGGCGGGGGUGACCGUGGCUCUCCCAGUAACGGGGGGUAGGUGGAGGCCCCCCCCCCCCCGCACGCUGUGUGUCCCUCCUCCAACCCAGCUCUGCUGGCUCCUCUGGGAGCCUCCUUGUCCAGCCAGCCACCCUUCAAUA